CCUAUUGAUUUUCAGGGUUGUGAUGCAUCCGUUCUGCUAGCUGAUAGAAAUGAGAAUGGGACUGUUGAACGUGAGGCCAUCCCAAACAGGACGCUGAAAGGCUUCAACUUCAUUGACACGAUAAAGGAUGAAGUUGAGGAGGAAUGCCCUGGGGUUGUCUCUUGUUCUGAUAUCCUUGUCCUGGCAACAAGAGAUGGCAUAGUUUUGGCUGGUGGACCAUAUUAUCCUGUGCUUACAGGCAGAAGGGACAGUAAGGAGUCAUUCUUUGAUAAGGCGAUGGCUGAAAUUCCACGACCAAAUGGGAAUAUCAGUGAAACUCUUAGGCUAUUUUCGCUCAGAGGAUUUGAUGAGAGGGAAACAGUGGCCCUCCUUGGAGCACAUAAUAUUGGGAGGAUUGGUUGUCAAUUUAUUCGGCCCAGGCUCAGUAAUUUCACGGGGACAGGUUUACCUGAUCCAACAAUUCCUCCCGACUUUCUUGAAGAGUUGAGGCGGAAGUGUCCAGACGACAACAACACCAUCAGCAAUAUGUUGAAUGAUGAAGAUACAGAUACAGCUAGGGGUCUGAGUGUAUCAAUUGCGACUUCAUUAGAUAAUCACUACUACAAGACCUUGAUGAGAGGAAGAGGGCUGCUGUUUGCUGAUCAACAGUUGAUGGCUAAUGAAAAGACUGCUGCAGCAGUGACAGAUUACGCUAUUGAUGAUGGGAUCAUAUUUAGGACAGAGUUUGCUCAUGCCAUGGCUAAAUGUCCAAUAUUGGUGUUCUUACUGGAUCGAAAGGAGAAGUUCGGCACAGUUGCUCACAUCUAAAUUCGUAGAUUAGAUAAAUUUUAUGACUUUUCCUAGUGCUUGAAUGAUGGCACACACAUGUACGUUUGGAUGAAUGCUUAGAUCAGUAUCUGAUUUUUCUCAUUAUUGCAUAUCUUUUAUAUGUACAUCAAUCAGCAAAUAUGUGUGUCUGCGGGAUUGCACUAAGGUAAAUCA